CGGGCGAGCGAGCAAAGCGAAGCAUGCAUUCAGGAUUGACCAGCAUACAAGCUGCCUGUCCCGCUGUCCAUCCAGCUUCGAUCACGAGUCCUUCACUCGAUCGAGCAAAGACAUCUCCAUCGCUACUGCUGCGUAGGAUCGAAGCGACAAUCAGCAUCUCGACUCACGCAACAGUCUCAUCAUGGCCUUCCCAGCCAUCUCUUCCGAUCCCAUCGAUCUCUCGCCUCUUCCCAUCUCCCCACCCAAAGCCUUUCAACCCACCUUCACAAGCGAAGCGAUCGAAGGAUUGCACUCUCGAAUCGCGUCUGCUCGUCUACCAGAGCAAGACUUCUUUUGGAAGGAUGAGGAUAGACGUAGUUGGAGGUUGAAACCUUCGUUGGAACGCGUCAAAGAGAUUUUGAAGGGGUGGAAGCAGUUCGAUGUCAAGCAAUUCGAGAGCGAGAUCAACAAAUAUCCACACUUCACCACGUCGAUCGGUUGGUGCGAGCGGAUGCACUUCAUACACGUCCGAUCGGAAAGAAAGGAUGCCAUUCCGCUGAUGCUAAUCCAUGGCUGGCCAGGAUCUUUUCUCGAAUUCAUCCACCUCAUUCCCUCUCUCACCUUUCCCUCCUCAUCAAACGACCCAGCUUUUCACCUAAUCAUUCCCUCCUUGCCCGGCUUUGCCUACUCUUCGGCUCCCCCCAGCUCGACGAGCGGAACGGGAGAUUACUUGGGCUACUCGAGGCUGUUGGAUAGUCUGAUGAGGGGACUGGGGUAUGACAGAUAUGCAGCGCAAGGAGGUGAUUGGGGCAGCGCGCAUGUCAGAGCGUUGGGAAGUCGAUUUCACAAGCAGGACGGUACAGGUUGCAGAGCUGUGCACUUCAAUUUCAUGCCUGUCUCGCCCUCGCCUGGCAUCAAGCUGGCGCAGCAGUUGCCGGAUUGGAUUCUGACCCGCGUCGUGCCUUGGCUAUACGACCAGGAGCAUUGUCGCAUGAUCGCAAAGGCGAAUUACUUCGAAGCCAACCUGGUGUACUACAAAGUUCAAUGCGAGCGAUUCGCCCAGCUCUCCUACGGUCUGCUAGAUUCUCCAUCAGGUCUAGCUUCCUGGAUCGGCGCAUUCUUCGGCAUAUCUCUGCUAGAGACGUACCCAUUCUUGUCCAAGCUCUGCCCUCCCAUUCAUCCCGAAUCGGUCGAAUCGGCUCCUAGCGGUGGCAAGACGGACGAGGCCUUGCUGAAGACGCUCUGCCUCUAUUGGUUCACCAAGACUUCGGGAACAGCUAUGAUUCCUUACGCUGCUAAUCCCUACUUGCCAGAUAUUCACAGGGACUCGAAGAACUACCUCGAGGUGCCUACCGGCUACUCGGAUUAUCCUUGGGAGAUCGUCAACACGCCUUUUGUGUGGGCCAAAAAGAACGCAAACAUCAUUUGGCAUGCGCGAGCAUUGAAAGGGGGUCACUUCGCAGCCAUCGAGGAACCGGACAUCUUUGUGCAGCAUCUCAAAAGGGCUUUUGCACCUGGAGGAGGAGGCAAAGAGUUGCCGGAGGAUACGAUCGUCAAGGGUUUGUGGGACGAAGAGAGAAAAAAGGGUUGGCCCGCUGCUGCUGCUGCGCAAGAGUGAAAAGUUUGCGAACCCAUGAACAUGGCGAUGCAAUGUAUACAGAACGGGUUAGCGAGAAAAUCGAAUCAAAUUC